CUAAUUAACUAUAAUUUUAAGAUAUUUUUAUUAUUUUCAUUAAUUAUAAUUAGUUUAGAACAUGUCUAAUAUUCAUAAGAUUAUUUUAUUAUUUUCAUUAAUAAUUACAGUUGCAAAUUGUUUGACUGACAAUAAUAAUAAUAAUAAUCAGGAUGAUGAUCAAUUAACUAAAGAAGAACUAAUUCAGCAUCUAGAAAAUGAUACUAGACUAAUUAAUAGUAUAAUUGGCGAUUGGCAGCAUAAAGGUUUCGAUGAUUUAACAUUGAAAUUGAUUGAAUUUCAACAAAAAUUUAUUAGCAUAAAAAAUAAUGUCGAAAUAUUGCAAGUAACUGAUCCAGAUUAUCAAAUACAAUUGUCGAUCUAUAAUAAACAACGAUUAGAAUAUGAACAACGAAUGGAAAAUGAAAAUCUAGAUGGUAAUCGUAAAAUUGGUCAUUUCAAUAAAUUGCAACUAGAACAAUUGUAUUCGCAAUUGAAAUCAAAGCAUUUGGAUUAUCUGAAACAAUUAGAAACUAAAAUCAAAACGAUAAAAGAUGAAAAGUUAGCUGAAAUUGAUCCUAACAUAUUGCUAGCAAUGAACAAUAAUAUGAAAACUGAUAUUGUUACUAUCGAAAAUUUAGAUAAAUUGUAUGAUGAAUAUAUUUAAUUUAAAAACUAAUUAAAUUAAAUUCAAAAUUAUAUAUUUCUUAAAACCUGUAUAUUUUAUUAUAUUCAAUUUUUCUAAUAAUAAAUAUUUUAUU